GGCCCUAUUUCCAACGUCGCGUCUCCAGCGUUGAAGGCGUGGUGAGGUUACUGACUGGAGGUACCCCAGCACACCGAAUAUUCGUGUUCACUCACCCGCCUGCAUGUGAUAUACAUGUACCAGAUCAUGCGAAUAUGGAGUUGCUCAAAGAGCAGCUUUGUAUGUCUCCGUCAAGUUCCCAGGACCGCAAGAUGCUUCUCAACCCGCCACCAUGAGCGCGUCGAGGUACGAUGCGGCUCUUCAGGCCAUGUCGCGAUAGACCUCUUCAACGUGGCCAACAACUCGCCAAACGCACCGCUCAUCAUCCAUCUUCCCCCCUUCCCCACACAGCAACCCACCAAUCCUCAAGAUCUACCAAGCGUCAUCCGAGACUGGCCCGUCGCAAGCAUCAACUACCGCUGGCACCAGACCACACCACAGCUCGCACCCGCGGACAACCCCCACCUGCCCAUACAAUGGCCGUGUCCAGUACACGACGUCGGCUUCGCCUACGCCUGGCUCACCAGCAACCUGCGACUGCCGGACCACACCCGCCGUGACAUCUACGUCUACGGGUCGUACGUCGGUGGCAGCCUCGCCGCAUCUCUGGCCUUGACGCAGACCACACCGCACGCAAGGAUCGGUGUCAGAGGCAUGGCUUGCUUCAACGGCAUCUACAAUUGGACAAUGUUCCUCCCUGACCAUCCUGUCCACAAGAAAAAGACCAGAAAGUCAACGUCAAUGACUGAGGCACUCACGCCGCCACCGCUUGUCGGAGGCGCACAGAUGGAAGAGCUACUCCACUCUGUGCCAGAUCUCUUUCACAAACCCGCAGAUCUUUUCGACGCUUUUGCCAGCCCCAGCCUCUUGUUUCACAACCCCGGACUACAUAUUCCCUCUUCGUUCGACCAAGGGAACCCGUCCAUGGUGGAUAAAAUGAUGAAGCUCUCCCUGAAUAAAGAUGAGAACUCCGUUUCGCCAGAGGAAAUGGUGAUGAAGCCUGCUCGCAAGUCUCAUCUUGUCUUCCCACCACGCGAUUCUACCAUCAAGAUCCCCCAGACCCUCCUCAUACACACCGCCCCCAUUGUCACGGACGUCAAGAAGAAAAGUCGGAAAAAGCAUACGUUUGAGGCGCAGGCAGAAGAACUUGCAGAUCUCAUGCGCCGUAGCAUUGAAAAGGUCGAGUUUAAGGAACGACAAAAAUGGGACGAUACGGAUAGCUGGGAAGAGGCAGCAAGGCAGCGUGUCCGGUUGCAGAACAUUGGCGAAGAGGCAGACAGCAUCGCACUGCCCGUCAAUGGGGAAGAAGCGCUCAUAGCGUGGUUAGAGGAUAUAGUGUAGAAAUACUCUCGCUCAUGGGAAUUUUACAGACGCUGUAUAACAUGAC